AUGGCCCAGCGGCUGGAUACCUCGAUAUUCAACGGCUAUGCUUGCAUGGCUCCUUUCUGCCGGAAACUGUUUUGGAAGUGGGAAGAGGCAAAGCGUCACAUGCAUCACGAGUGUAAGGCUCUUCCCCGUUCGACAAACCGGCCGAAGCAGGUUGAAUCCAUCAGGAAGGCACUGGACAUUGGUCGCAAGCACAGGGAAGACCAUCCCGAGCUCAAAGACGAUCGAUUCGUUUUUCUAAAUGCAGACGGGGCAGUGCUUCCGAGGCCACAGGAAGUCGGACGAAAAAAGAAAGACGACAAGCUUAAGCUGAACAACGAUGGUACUGUAGACGGCGACGUACGGCGAGAUGGCAAGUCCCAGGGAGCCCCGACUAUCAAGCCCGUGACUACUGAUGUUACUGCUCCAACAGCACCUAUGACAGAAAAGCCAUCAGAGCAGCCGAACAUCUCGAUAUUCAAAGGCUAUGCUUGCCUUGCUUGUAGCUGCCAGGCUGUGUUUUGGGAGUGGGAAGAAGCAAAGCAUCACAUGCUUCUGGCAUGUGCUUCUUUUCCCCGCUCAAUCAAGCGGCCACAGGAGAUUGCCUCCAUGAGGAAGGCACUGGACCUUGCCCAGAGGAAACCACCCGGAGCAGAGAGGACACCCCCCAGAGCGGAACGAUGA